GCUCCCCCCGCUUUAGAGCGCCAGCGGGGUCUGAAGGGUUUGGGCUACGAGGGGUGACGGUCGCGGGGGUCGGUGGUCCAAACUUUGGUGGUCCCGGGACUCGGAGGUCCCAGCAGAACCCCCAGCGAGGCACCCAGGCAUCGCCCCGCUCCUCCUGCACCCCCAGCCGAGCUCUGAGCCCACCAUGAAAGCCAUCAGCCCGGUGCGGUCCGUCCGGAGCUGCUACGAGGCCGUUUGCUGCCUGUCGGAGCAAAGUCUGGCCAUCGCCCGGGGGGGCAACAACAAGAGCCCUGCCCUGGAGGAGCCCAUGAACUUGCUGUACGAUAUGAACGAUUGUUAUUCCAAACUGCGGGAGCUGGUGCCGGGGAUCCCGCAAGGGACCAAGGUGAGCCAGGUGGAGAUCCUGCAGCAUGUCAUCGACUACAUCUUCGACCUCCAGAUCGUGCUGGAGGAGGGGGCCAAGGGCCGGGACCCCUCCUCCGAGGCCACUCUGUUCUCCCUUAAGGCGGCCGAGCUCGCCUCUGAACUCUGCUCCAAAGACGAGAGAAGUUUGUGUCACUAACGGCUCCUCCAUCAGCAAACAGGCAGCGAGUGUCGGUUCCUGGUUCGUUAUCAGCCGGAGGUAAAUAGCAGCUUCCUCCGUGGCGCCGGGAUGUCUGCGACCUCACCGGCCCCGCCAGCCCCCCCGGGCACCGCAGGCGGGGACCCCCCGGCUCACACCGCCAGCAUCGCCCCCGGAGCGCAGCGUCCCGGCUUCAACUGGACUUUUUGGACCCGAACCUAAAGGAGACACUUUUAAUCACAGACUGAUGAAGAGGCGGUUGUCUGUAUAUUUUUGGAUUAUAGCAGCGUGUCCUUUUUUUAAAGGUGUUUAAUAUGGGGUGGGAGGGGGGAACUAGGGGGUUUUGGGGAGGGAGGGGAUAUCCUCGAGUAUGAACCAAACUCUCUGGGGCCGUGGCCUCGUGUAUUGUGGAGCUCUAUACUAGAGUAUUAACUUUUCGUACCUUUUGUGCAGGAAGGUGAAUUUCUGCGAACAUGCCUUGUACUUGCUUUAUAAAAACUUUUUAUAAAAGUUACCAUUUUUACGUAAUAAAAAAAAAAUAGCUUCUUUUGAA